AUGGCUGUACGCGCGCAAUUUGAGAACUCCAACGAGGUUGGAGUUUUCUCGACUCUCACAAACUCAUAUGCCUUGGUGGCUCUCGGUGCCAGCGAGAACUUCUACAGUGUUUUCGAGGCUGAGCUCCAAGACAUGGUGCCUACGGUGCGGACAACCAUCGCUGGCACACGCAUCAUCGGCCGCCUGACCGCCGGCAACCGCAAGGGCCUCUUGGUGCCCACGUCGACGACUGACCAGGAGCUGCAACAUCUGCGCAACUCGCUGCCCGACUCGGUGCGCAUCCAGCGCAUCGAGGAGCGCCUCUCGGCCCUGGGCAAUGUCAUCGCCACCAAUGACCACAUCGCCCUCAUUCACCCCGAUCUGGAGCGCGAGACGGAGGAGAUCAUCGCCGACGUGCUCGGCGUCGAGGUCUUCCGUCAGACCGUCGCCGACAACGUCCUCGUCGGCAGCUACAUGAGCCUGUCCAACCAGGGCGGCCUCGUGCACCCCAAGACGAGCAUCCAGGACCAGGACGAGCUGUCCAGCUUGCUCCAGGUGCCUCUCGUCGCCGGCAGCGUCAACCGCGGCAGCAAUGUCGUCGGCGCCGGCAUGGUGGUCAACGAUUGGCUCGCCGUCACCGGGCUCGACACCACGGCCACGGAGCUGAGCGUCAUCGAGAGCGUCUUCCGACUCGGCGAGGGCGCCGGCCCCAGCAACAUCAACACGAGCAUGAAGGACACCAUGGUGGAGAGCUUCUACUGA